AUGUCAACAAUGUCAAUAACCAAUUUGGGUGUAAAUCUAUUGUCUACACUAACUUUGUUUAAUUGGAAAAGUAUUGCUUUAAUUAGUUGUCCAGAUUGUGGAGAUAAAGCUGAGCCUGGUACAAGUAUGGAAUCAUUUCUUACAGACCAUAAAAUAACAAUUCUUUCACAUAUUCAACUUUCUCCAAAUAAAGAUGGAAGCAAUUCAAGUAGUUCUUAUGCUUCUCAAUUGAAGGAUGUUAAACAGAAGGCUAGAGUAAUUGUUGCAGUUUUGGGGGAUCAAUUAUCCGAUUAUGUCGACUUUUUGACUGCUCUACAAAUUCUUGGAAUAUCUACAACUGAUUAUUCCCCAAUUCUUUGUAUUACCCGUUAUUGGCCAACAGAAAUGGAUUUACCUUGGAUGCAAAAAACAAAUGGAGAUUAUAAAUUAAAUAAACAAAUGCUUGAUUUAUUUCAACAUAAUUUAGUGCUUGUCAACGAUUUUUAUUCAAAUGAUCAAAUAAACACUUUUAUUAAACAAAUGGGGCUAAGUACCGAUUCUGGUAUUCAACAAAGAAAUAAAUUACUUCAAUCAAUUCAACUUUACGAAUGUUUUUGGACUUAUGCUUUAGCUUUGUGGCAUGCAUACAGCAGCACAAAUGAUCUGUCUGUUUAUCAAAAUGGGACGAUUUUGGCUGAUGCUGUUGGGCAAAGUUUGGAAGGCCCUUUUGGCACAAUAACUUUAAGUGGAUAUCAAAAACGAAUAGCUCCCUACAAACUUUUUUUGGUCCUUUCGUAUAAUUCAAACAACCAAACGCAAAAUUAUAUGGAUGAAAUUGCAAAUAUUUCAAUAACUACAGACUGUUCAAAAUCCCAACUUACUGCAGAUGGAGUUUGUGUUGGAUUGAUAGCCAAUUUAUUUGUUGUUAAUCAGAAAUUGCCUGAUAAUUUUCCCAAAGAUAUUCCAAAUUGUGGAUUUAAUGGGGAACUUUGUGAUAAUAAAAGUAUUAUAAUAAUUAUUGUAAGUGUUGUUGCUGCUGCUAGCUUGGGAAUUGUUAUAUUUUUGUGCUUCAGAAGAGUGUAUGUACUAAAUAUUUUUUUUUAA